UAACACACAAAAAAAAGAAUAGAAGAAAGGAAAAAAGAAAGAUAUCAUUCUUUAUUUUCCUUUGUCAAAAAGCUAUUUUUUUCUUUAUAAACUUAUGCAUUAUAUCCUUCAACUGUUAACACCUCAGAUUCCUAACGUACUUUGCGGCGGCUGUGCAGCAUUCUCAUUUACCAUUGCUCAAUAUCCUCAAGACUCUGAUCCCGGAUAAUUACUAUUAUAAACCAUGGUCAAUCAACGUACUGGAUCUCCACUCGGACGUAUGCUCUCACUGAUCGAAGUUCCAUCUGUCUCUCUCAAAUUCCUCAUUCUUGACUGUCCAACUGAAAGCACUUUACCUUAUUAUCUCGAAGAAUUCAAGCGAAAUCAAGUUCGACAUAUCGUUCGAUGUUGUCAACCUACUUAUAAUACAUCUCUAUUACAACAAGAAGGCAUUCAAGUGCAUGAUCUACCUUUUAAAGAUGGUGGCGUUCCUCCCGUUCAAGUCGUUCAUGACUGGUUACACCUGAUCGAUACCGAGGAACGUAAACAGGAAUCCGUCACAAUUGCCGUUCACUGUGUGGCCGGAUUGGGACGAGCACCUGUGUUGGUAGCAAUUGCACUGAUUGAAUUUGGUAUGGAACCCUUGGAUGCCAUCGAAUAUAUUAGAAGAAAGAGAAGAGGUGCUUUUAAUAAGCCCCAGAUUGCUUAUCUUGAUCAAUACAAGCGUACUCUUCGUACUAAAUCAAAUCAUAAUUUCAAAAUGUCAUUCAGCCGAAUGUUCAAAUUUGGAAAGAAACAGCAAGAGCCACCUUCUUCUAUUCCACUUAGUAGCUAUGUCUAAUAAAUCAUCAUAAUAAUAAAUCUAACCAAUCAAAUAAAUAAAAUGGCAUUUCUAAAUUUAUCCUCUUUUUUUUCCUUCUUUCUCUUUUUUUUUUGUUUAUAGAUGAAUAACAACAACAACAGUAAAAAGCCAGUUCAGCCAAAUAAGGAAAACGAUAAAGAAGCGGGCAAUAUUCUAUUCAAGAGAUUAUUGUCUGACAAACUAAAUACGAUCGAUGAUCUAAAGCAUGCUCAGGCCAACUUGGAAAAGAAUAUGAAAUAC